AUGGACGACAUCCGCAAAGUGAUCAAAAAGAAUUCGCCUCCUGCAGUGGUAUUACAGACACUGAGAACAGCGCUUACCAUGCCGCCCGCUGCAGCAAGAAACAUCAUCAAAGAUCUGACCCGUCCAUUGGGCGAUCAAAAGAGAUUCAUUCGUAAAUUUAACAAUGAGCACUGGAAAGGCACGCUCAUCAUGUCUGAAAUGAUUCGAUGUGAUGAUGAUAUCGCCAUCCAGAGGCUAAAAAAGGCAGAUAUUGUCAUUUUCGAAGUGCAUGGUGGUGGAUUUCGAGUAGGACACAGUACAAUGUACAUGGAAUCAUUCAUAAGCUGGCUUCGUUUGAUUAAAAGCAAGUACAACUUGUAUGCCUGCAUCAUGUCUGUUGAAUAUGGUUUGGCUCCAAUGCACAAGUAUCCUGGUCCGCUGAAUGAUUGCGUAAAGGCGUUUGACUAUCUCACAAACGGCCUGGGCAUAUCUCCCUCCAAAAUUGUUCUUAGUGGUGAUAGUGCAGGCGGCGCACUGGUGCUAGAAACACUGAUUCAAACAUACGCUCCUGCUAUAUUACAAGAUUUGUCUGCUCCCCGCGAGAAUUUCAAGCAGCCUUUACCCGCUGGUGCCUUACUCUCCUCUCCAUUGGUCAGUGGAGUCAUUGAGACCGAAUCAUGGAAACUGUUUCACAAGACAGACGUUGUCUCUAUGGGGCUAUCCAAGCUUAUUUACAAGGAGUACUUGGGUCUGCCUGAAACCAAGAUUGAGGAUUUGCCCAUCAUGCGGUUACAUCAUGUCAAGAACAAUUUUGACCGAUUUAUGCCUAAAAACGUGAUGGUGUUUAUUGGCGAUAAAGAAGUGCUCCGUGAUGAUGUUGUCAAUAUGGUGAAUGCGGUAAAGAAAGAUGGAAAGACCAAUAUUCAAUUUAUCAAGGAGAAUUAUGCUCAUGACUGGUUCAUGGUCCACGAGCUUGUCAAGAAAAAGGACAAGCAUCUGAUUGCAAAAUAUGAUGAAAUGUUUGUCGAUUUCUGUGUGGAUGCAGUUGAACAAGCUUGCAAAUCUCUGGUAGAUACAGCUACAAAAUCAACUAUCAAGAACACGCGUAAAGCAUCUGAAGAUACCGUCAAUAUUAACGAAACCAUUGAUGUGGAUCAGCUGGUCAGCAAUGACCACAUUAUAAGCGAAAAGAACCCAGCGGUGAAUGCUGUAAACAUUGAAAAGAAGAUUACUGAUAUUACCAAGAAGUUUGAUGAGCCUUUUGAGCUGUUUGAAAAAAUCGACUUCCCUGCUGCCCCGGCUGUUGUUCAUAAACCCAACACUAUAUUAUCAGAGUAUGCCAUUAUCACAGAUAGACCGUCAAAGAACUCUGUGUCAGUUUAA